AUGACCCAGCAGGAGGAAUCGAGCGAUUCGAUCAAGCACCUCCUCAAGGGUCCGGUCACGCCGCUCACAAUCUUCGCGACUAGUCCGCCACCCGAGCCCCACCCUUCCACCUAUCAAGUGCCGGCCGCUGCUGCUGAUGGAGCCACGCUCGACUUCCGACUCUCCUUUGCCUUCCCCACGGUACAAAAGAUCAAGGAAGAGCGCUUCAAGGAGGAGAUGGGUGUCUUCAAGAUCCUGUACGAGCGACCAUUCCUGCAGGAGUACAAGAACGUCAUGCAAGAGAAGAAGCAGCAGAAGAAGAGCGAGCGUGCCGCGGCGAAGAAGGCGAAGAAGGAAAUGAAGAAGCUGGGCCUCCUGCCCAACGAUCGCAAGAAGACCCUCUUCGAGCUGGAGCAGGACAGGCAGAGAAAGCCUCUCCGUCAUUCGACUCCGCCGAAGCCGUAUUUCAACUUUAUCGCCACGCACUCGGAGAAGGAGAUCUACGACAGGCUCUACCCGGAGUUCUUUGGCGACACCAGGGAGCACGUCGAGAAUCUGGUCCCCCACAAGCAUGACGGCUACGUGUGGAACACGUUCUUUGACCCGGAGAACCCGAGCGACUACCCCAACCAGGCCGAUGCCGAAGGCGACGUCUGGGAGACGCUCAACAUGUCGGCCGAGGAGCAGCUUUCUGAACAGGAAAAGGAGGCUCGCCUGGCAACCUGGGAGAUGGAUCCGGCUCGCUUCAAGGGCAAGUGGACGCCCCGCGCCUGGACCAAGGAAGAUCUCGAACUGUCUCACAUCAAGCAAAGCUCAAGAAGCACGGCCUUCUCCCCGAGGAGGACGAGGCCACCACUCGCGAUCGCCGACAAAAUCGACGACAACGAGGAGAGCGUGCUCCUGCUCUUCGAGGACGAUGCACAGAAGAAGCCGGCCGCCGUCCCGGAGCAGAAGGGCACCGAGGACGAGAUCGCCAAUCUGCUCAACGCGGUUCUACCGCCGACCGAGAAGGACCAGUCGCACGCCGCUCUGCUCGACGCUCUCAUGCCCGCCGGGCAGCCGCAAGAGCAGGCGCAGCCCGAAAGCGGCGCCGCCGCUUCUGAGCCCACCACUACCACUGCCGCUGCCACCGAGCAGGAGCUCGCCGAAUGGCGCGCCAAGGUCGACAAGUUCCAGGAUGGCCUCAAGAAGCGCAUUCGCGACGGCGCGACCGAGGAGACGAUCGAGGAGGACGUGAUCAACUUCAUCACGGCCGAGGGCGGAGGCGCCCAGGACGAGGCCGAGGAGGACGAAAUCGACUGGGAGUCCAGACUCCAGGACAUUCCCGGCCUCGACCAGCCCGGCGAAGGCGGAUUCAAGGCUUUAUUUUCUCUGUUCCAGGAGGCCAUGCAGCGAUCCAGGGAGCGAGAGGCCAGGCUCCACAAGCUCCAGGAGCACGUCAAGGUGCUUUUCGAUGAGUCGCCGAAGAAGAAGGUCUUUGCCAACGAGCCGAUCCCAGGCGAACCCGCCAUCGAGUUUAUCCACAGCUACACUAUGGACCCCGACGUGACGAUGGGCAGCCUUGCUCGCAGGGAGUUCCUCCAGCGCAAGGUGGUCUUGAAGGUUCACGUGCCGUCCCUCAGCCUCCCGCCUCCCGUGCAGCAGAGGCUCGCGGACCUCGUCGGCACCCGUUACGACGCCCGCUCCGGAUGGUUGAAGCUCGUGGGCGACAAGCACCCCAACCGCCACCUCAACCAGAAGCACCUCACGCUGCUCAUGCGAGAACUCCUCAACGAGUCCUUCCUCGCCGACUCCAGGUUCACGCCACUCACCGAUCUCAGCAUUGAAGAUCCGUCGUCGCUUCGAAGGAAGUACUCUCUGCCCACCAACCUUCAGAACAUUUUUGACGGCAAGACCGGCAAGGGCGGCUGGGAGUACAAGAUGUUCACCUUCAGUCAACUCGAUGGCCGCUUCCCCUCCGCGCAGGAGUCCACCGAGGAGGCCGCCAAGCUCAGGCAGCGUCUCGCCUCCGCCCUCUCCCUUUGA